UGUUAUUUUGUUGCUUAUCCUCACUCCGAUAUUAAAAAUGGCGCCGGUGUACAAAUUAAAGUUUUUCGAUUUCAUGGGAGUCGCGGAGCCGAUUCGGUAUCUUUUUGCUUAUGGCGGCAUUAAAUAUGAAAACAUCGUUAUUAAUAAAGAAGUAGACUGGCCGAAAAUUCAAAGAACCGUGCCGUUCGGUAAACUGCCAGUUCUAGAGAUUGACAGUAAGGUCCUGCAUCAAUCGACGGCGAUCUGCCGCUACCUGGCCAAGGUGGUGGGUCUACUGCCGUCUGAUGACUUCUUCGCGGCUGAACUGGACGCGCUUGUGGCCAGCACUUUCGAUUUUGGUGCCAGAGUACAUGACUGGUAUCACGAAGCGGAUGUGACGUGCAAAGCUGAAGUUGAAAGAGAGUUAGAAACAGAGGUAUUUCCAAGAUACCUGAACGGGUUCGAAGAGAUCAUCCAACAAAAAGGUGGAUACCUAGGAGGAAAACAGCUGACCUGGGCUGACUUCUACUUUGUGGGUAUCAUUGAGUCUGUUCAAGGGAUGUGGAGUAGGGACUUCCUACAAAGAUAUCCCUACAUUACUCAACUCUAUAAGAACGUUCACGCUAUCCCAGCGGUCAAGAACUACAUUGCCGGUCGUCCUCAUUAUAAAUACUGAUGUGUGAAUCAAACUUUCAAUUUUUUAACAAUAUUUGUUAGUUUGUAAUAUCUUCAUUGCACAGAAAUUUACACAGUAACAAGAAUAAGUACGUAGAUCAGAAAUAAAUCAGUUGCAAUGGCGCACUUAUCCCAUGAAGGGAUCUCUUAAAAAAUCUCCCGAAUCUUUGGAAAAAACUAGGUAAAUGUUUGAAAUGUUAAAAAAUGUUUUUGUUUAGGGAUAUUAAUCAUAGGUUCAGUUCACACUAAUACGAGGUAAGAGGAUGUAUAGGAAGUAUGCGAAUGCCAUGGAUUAUCUUUGAAAAACAAAAUUUAAAUAAAAAUAUAUAUAUUUGUAAUAAUAAUAAAAUGUCUAUGUACUCAAAAAAUUGAUAAUCAAAAAUAAUUGUUACCAAAUUUAAAUUUUAUGUACCUAAAUCGGCGUGCAUGAGAAACUAAUAAAGGGUUUUUUUUAAA